AUGAAACAAAUCAUUGCCAUUCUGUUAGUUCUCUUAUUUGCAGCUUGCACAGUGUAUUGUUCAACUGAUUCUUAUAUUGCUUCAUCUUAUGCAUAUCCAUACGCUUAUCCAUAUUCAUAUGGAGGAUAUGGAGGAUAUGGAGGAUAUGGGGCAUAUGGAGGAGCAAAUUGCUAUCCGCCAGUUGCUUCUACUUAUGCCUAUGCUGUAGCUCCAGUUACCUAUGCUGCUCCUGUGGCUGCAACCUAUGCAGUCGCUGCACCAGUUGCCACUUAUGCAGUUGCUCCAGUUUCAUAUGCAACUCCAGUAAGUUAUGCAGCUCCGUAUGCUUACCCAUACGCCUAUGCCAGACCUUGCUAA